CCUUCCUGCCUCCAAUCGUGUGUGUAUGUGUGUGUGUGUGUGUGUGUGUGUGACCGCGCUUGUGUGUGUGUGUGUCUUCUCUUCGUCUGCGAUCCUACAUUUUAAGGGUUUCGAGUGAGAUCAAAGUUGUGUAUGGUGAAAGGACUCCAGUGCCAAUUUCACAUGAAUUUUCCUACCAGGAAAAUACGGUAGAGAUUAGCGAAAAUUCUGACAACUUCGUACCGAAUAAAAUAGGAGUUUUUGUGAUAACGACCAGCCGUGUUUGCUAUGCACAACAAGUGAGAGUAAAUUGUGGUGGAGUUGAAGAAAAAAAAACAAGUGUAAAUUUUUGUUCCGUGAUCGAAAGUGCUAAAAAAAAUAGAAAAGCAUAGUUUUACGCCGCAAGUAAGGUGGAAAUUGGUUUUAGCUGAAGACGUACGUACCUGUAAAGUCCCGUGGAGUAAAUUCAGCAAGUACCUGUGAAGCACCCGCCGGAGCUGUUGAUCAGUCGAUCCGGCGUGCCUUCAUCUACAGCCAAGCUGGCUAAUAUUCGCUGCUAGUCGAAUCGUUCGACAUCGGCCCUGUUCGUGGGGCUGUGCGGUCAGGGCCACCAUCACAAUGGGGACCCGAAUAAAAUGGUUAAUUACUACCUCGUUGCUAGUCUGGUUUGGACAACAUGCGUAUGCGCAACUAUGGGCGUCCAACUCCAAUGUCGGCGGUGGUAUCGGGAUGUAUAAGCGACAGGAACAGGACCAUCCAAGACACAUGCAACCACAGAUCGAUCCGAGCUACGGUCUCAUCGACACUGCCAGCGGCCCACAAGGACCACCGUCCAAGAACUGCACUGCAAGCGGCUGUUGUGUACCGAAAUGUUUUGCCGAGAAGGGCGCCCGAGGCUUCCCGGGCCCGAUGGGUUUGAAAGGCGUCAAGGGCGUCCGUGGAUUUCCCGGCUCGGAAGGCUUACCGGGCGACAAGGGAACCAAGGGUGAACCGGGCCCGUUUGGUCUCCAGGGACCGAAAGGUGAUCGUGGUCGGGACGGAUUGCCCGGCUAUCCAGGCAUUCCCGGUACAAACGGUGUUCCCGGAUUGUCGGGUGCGCCCGGUAUACCCGGACGUGACGGAUGCAACGGUACGGACGGUUUGCCCGGCUUUGAAGGACUGCCCGGAAAUCCGGGUCCACGCGGUUUUCCCGGUGUUCCCGGAACGAAGGGUGAAAAGGGAGAGCCCGCACGGCAUCCGGAAAACUACAACAAGGGCCAGAAAGGUGAGCCUGGUAACGAUGGGCUGGAAGGAUUGCCCGGACCGCAAGGUAAGGAAGGACCCAAAGGACAUCCCGGACUGCCCGGUGAAAAGGGUGUGCCCGGAGUACCCGGUUUGAGGGGAGAACGAGGUGACAAGGGCGUGUGCAUUAAGGGCGAGAAGGGCCAGAAAGGUUCGAAGGGUGAGGAAGUGUACGGUGCAACGGGUACGACAACGACAACAGGACCGAAGGGCGAGAAAGGUGAUCGGGGCGAUUCGGGUGAACCGGGACGGCCCGGAGAGAAAGGACAGGCCGGUGACCGCGGACAAUUGGGCGAGCGUGGGCACAAGGGCGAGAAGGGUUUGCCUGGACAACCGGGUCCAAGAGGACGUGAUGGUAACUUUGGACCGGUCGGUCUUCCCGGACAGAAAGGUGAUCGCGGAUCGGAAGGAUUGCACGGACUGAAGGGUCAAAGUGGACCGAAAGGUGAACCGGGACGGGAUGGCAUCCCUGGACAACCCGGUAUCUCCGGACCAGCGGGUGCGCCAGGCGGUGGCGAAGGACGCCCGGGGGCACCGGGUCCGAAGGGACCGCGGGGCUACGAAGGUCCACAAGGACCGAAAGGUAUGGAUGGAUUCGAUGGCGAAAAGGGCGAACGUGGACAGAUGGGUCCUAAGGGCGGUCAGGGUGUACCGGGCCGACCGGGCCCUGAAGGUAUGCCCGGUGACAAAGGUGACAAGGGCGAAUCCGGUUCAGUCGGUAUGCCUGGACCACAGGGACCACGUGGCUAUCCGGGACAACCCGGACCCGAGGGUCUUCGCGGUGAACCAGGUCAGCCGGGUUAUGGAAUGCCAGGACAAAAGGGUAAUGCCGGUAUGGCUGGAUUCCCUGGCUUGAAGGGACAGAAAGGAGAGCGUGGCUUCAAGGGUGUGAUGGGUACGCCUGGUGACGCAAAGGAAGGACGCCCGGGAGCACCCGGAAUGCCGGGACGUGACGGCGAAAAGGGUGAACCGGGUCGUCCGGGUCUCAGCGGAGCGAAGGGUGAACGUGGAUUGAAAGGUGAAAUUGGUGGCCGCUGUACUGAUUGCCGACCGGGACUGAAGGGCGACAAGGGCGAACGUGGAUACGCCGGAGAACCAGGACGACCAGGAUCGAGCGGUAUUCCGGGCGAGCGAGGCUAUCCGGGAAUGCCGGGAGAGGACGGUACACCCGGACUGCGCGGCGAACCAGGACCAAAGGGUGACCCGGGAUUGUUGGGACCACCGGGUCCAUCCGGAGAGCCGGGACGCGAUGCCGAAAUUCCCAUGGAUCAACUGAAACCCAUCAAGGGCGACAAAGGUGAACUGGGCGAGAAGGGUCUGCUAGGUAUUAAGGGUGAGAAAGGAUUCCCAGGACCGGUUGGACCGGAAGGAAAGGUGGGUAUGCGUGGCAUGAAAGGCGACAAAGGACGACCGGGCGAGGCAGGUAUCGAUGGAGCGCCGGGCGCACCGGGUAAGGACGGACUGCCAGGACGACACGGACAAACGCUCAAAGGUGAACCCGGUCUGAAGGGUAAUGUUGGUUACGCGGGCGACAAGGGUGACAAAGGUUACUCCGGACUGAAGGGCGAACCGGGCAAAUGUGCUAACGUACCACCGAACAUAAUGGAAGCGAUUCGUGGUCCGCAAGGAUCGCAGGGCGAGAAAGGCGCUCCCGGUAUCCAGGGAAUGAGGGGCGAAAAGGGUGAUAUGGGUGAGCAGGGACGCACGGGUGCACAGGGUAGUGCUGGACCGCCGGGCGCACCGGGACCAGUAGGACCGCGUGGUUUGACGGGACACCGAGGCGAGAAGGGAAAUUCGGGACCGCUUGGACCACCGGGAGCUCCGGGACGGGAUGGAAUACCUGGUGCACCGGGACUUCCCGGCUCGAAGGGUCUCAAGGGUGAUCCGGGUCUAUCGAUGGUGGGUCCACCCGGCCCCAAAGGUAAUCCAGGUUUGCGUGGUCCGAAAGGUGAUCGGGGCGGUAUGGGCGAUCGAGGCGAUCCAGGAACGCCCGGCUCCGUUGGCUACCCGGGUGAGAAGGGAGAUUUGGGAACACCCGGUCCUCCUGGCUAUCCUGGCGAGGUUGGACCGAAGGGUGAACCGGGCCCGAAAGGACCGGCCGGACAUCCCGGAGCACCGGGACGUCCCGGUGUGGAUGGUGUGAAAGGUUUGCCGGGACUGAAGGGUGACAUCGGGGCGCCGGGUGUGAUAGGACUGCCCGGACAGAAGGGCGAUAUGGGACAGGCGGGUAACGACGGUCUGAAGGGUUUCCAAGGUCGCAAGGGCAUGAUGGGUGCUCCGGGCAUUCAAGGCGUUCGUGGACCGCAAGGAGCGAAGGGUGAACAGGGCGAGAAGGGAGAUAGAGGAGAGAUCGGUAUGAAGGGUUUGAUGGGACAAACUGGACCGCCCGGUAUGGUGGGACCUAAGGGUGACAAGGGUCUUUCCGGUUUGCCAGGACCGGCCUGCUUACCAGGACUUUCCGGCGAGAAGGGUGACAAAGGAUACACUGGACCGGAAGGACCGCCAGGCGAAGCAGGAGCAGCAUCCGAGAAGGGACAGAAAGGAGAACCAGGCGUACCGGGACUCCGUGGUAAUGAUGGACUCCCCGGAUUGGAAGGCCCAUCCGGACCGAAAGGAGAUGCGGGUGUGCCGGGAUAUGGCCGACCUGGACCGCAGGGCGAGAAGGGUGAUGUCGGCCUAACGGGCAUUAACGGACUGCCGGGAUUGAAUGGUGUGAAGGGCGAUAUGGGAGUGACAGGAUUCCCGGGAGUAAAGGGUGACAAGGGUACGACCGGUUUGCCCGGUGUUCCCGGAGCACCCUGUAUGGAUGGCUUGCCGGGCGUUGAGGGUCCAGUUGGACCACGAGGUUAUGACGGUGAGAAGGGUUUCAAGGGUGAACCGGGCCGUAUCGGUGAACGGGGCGACCAGGGCGAAAAGGGCGAUCUCGGAAUUACUGGACCGGUUGGUCUUAUGGGCCGUAAGGGUGAUCGCGGUGUACCUGGUUCGCCUGGUCUUCCCGCAACUGUUGCCGCCAUUAAGGGUGAUAAGGGUGAACCUGGCUUCCCGGGCGCUAUUGGCCGACCUGGUAAGGUGGGAGUACCGGGACUACCGGGUGACAUGGGUUCGAAGGGAGAGAUGGGCAUUCAGGGAUUACCUGGAUUGCCGGGCCCGGCUGGAUUGAACGGACUGCCAGGCAUGAAGGGCGAUAUGGGACCCAUGGGCGAGAAGGGUGACACCUGCCCGGUUGUAAAGGGCGAAAAGGGUCUACCAGGACGACCAGGAAAGACGGGCCGCGAUGGACCACCAGGACUGACGGGCGAGAAGGGUGACAAGGGUUUGGCGGGCUUGCCGGGACCAAUGGGACCUCCGGGACCUGCGGGACCGCUUGGACGGCAGGGCGAGAAAGGUGAUCGAGGUGAUUCCGGUUUAAUGGGUCGCCCUGGUCAGGAUGGACUGCCGGGACCGCAAGGACAGCGCGGUUUGCCGGGACCUCAAGGCGAAAAGGGUGAUCACGGACCACCCGGUUUCGUCGGACCGAAGGGUGAGAAGGGCGAGCGAGGACGGGAAGGAUUAAACGGUUUGAAUGGUCCGCAAGGUUUGAAGGGUGACCGUGGCAUGCCCGGACUAGAAGGUGUCGCCGGUCUGCCCGGUAUGGUGGGUGAGAAAGGUGACCGUGGAUUACCGGGUAUGGCCGGUCUGAACGGUGUUUCGGGUGAGAAGGGCCAGAAGGGAGAAACGCCACAGCUUCCACCCCAACGCAAGGGACCACCCGGACCGCCUGGUUUUAACGGACCGAAGGGUGACAAGGGUAUGCCGGGCUUGGCGGGACCGUCUGGUAUUCCCGGUGCUCCAGGUGCACCUGGCGAGAUGGGACUUCGAGGAUUCGAAGGUGCGCGCGGUUUGCAGGGUCUCCGGGGUGACGUCGGACCUGAAGGACGAAGCGGACGCGAUGGAGCUCCGGGUCUGCCAGGUCCAAAGGGUGAACCAGGCCGGGACUGUGAAUCGGCACCGUACUACACCGGUAUACUGUUGGUACGGCACAGCCAAUCGGAUGAAGUGCCCGUUUGCGAACCGGGUCAUCUGAAGCUGUGGGACGGUUACUCGCUACUGUACGUCGAUGGUAACGACUACCCACACAACCAGGACCUCGGAUCGGCAGGUUCAUGCGUGCGGAAAUUCUCCACACUACCGAUACUGGCUUGUGGUCAGAACAAUGUUUGCAAUUAUGCGUCGCGAAACGAUCGAACAUUCUGGCUGUCGACGUCGGCACCGAUUCCGAUGAUGCCGGUCACGGAGAACGAGAUGCGACCGUACAUUUCGCGCUGCACGGUAUGCGAAGCGCCCACUAAUGUUAUCGCUGUGCACAGCCAGACGCUUCAUAUUCCCGAAUGUCCGAAUGGAUGGGAUGGUUUAUGGAUCGGUUACAGUUUCCUUAUGCACACUGCCGUCGGCCAUGGUGGUGGAGGUCAGUCACUGUCCGGGCCGGGAUCGUGUCUGGAGGACUUCCGUGCCACGCCCUUCAUUGAAUGUAACGGAGGCAAGGGUCACUGCCAUUAUUAUGAAACCCAAACCUCCUUCUGGCUGGUGUCGCUCGAGGACCACCAGCAGUUCCAGCGACCGGAGCAGCAAACGCUCAAGGCUGGUAAUCUGCUCAGCCGAGUAUCUCGGUGCCAAGUGUGCAUCCGCCAUUGAGCAUCACCAUAGGUUUUAUUCGGUCGCCUUUUUUACCUCCUCUCUAUGUCUCUCUUCAACUUUCCUUGUAUUUUUUUUUGCCAUCAUCUGGACACGGCAUGGGUUCGGAUGUUCCAUUAGCAUGGGGGUUCAGUAGCUAUUGUUUCUUUAGUGCAUAUUAGUUCCCUGCGAUACUCUCAAACCCUUCACGUAGCGUACAUAUCUGGCUGAGGUUCACCCUAUACAGAGACCACAAGACGCACUACACACAGUACUACUAUUGCAGACCACUAUCAUUCAGUACUUCGCCCAGACCGAACAGGUGUAACAGCCAGAGACACUAGCUUUUAAAUUAUUUACAGUGUCAAAAAAAGAACCGAAACAAUAAUGUCGUUAAUGCGCGUUCAAUUACUACCAAAAAACAAUUCAACUGUCCGUUGUGCAUUUAGCAAAACAGUUUGACGUGACGCCAAAUAUCUAAUUAAUCAGACAGGAUCUGUGGAUUCGAAGCGGUAAUAAAAUAAUUUCACGCUGCAUUGCAAUAGUAAGGCACACGUUAAUUCUUCGUCCCGUUUCCAGCCAUUCAAAUGGCAUCAUUUUUCGUAACGUGUUCACUAGCAGCUGUUGGAAAAUGGCCUAUGUGUCUGUAUGUUUAUGGUAAACAGUUUUUUGUCCUAUAAUCUUUCCAAUACUUUUUAAAUGUGUUCUUGUAGUUAAAAAUGUUAAAUCCUUUAAUGUUCCAGCCAUGUGAUUCAGUAGAGGAUAGCUAGUACCGAAGCGAGAAAAGCGAACGAUAAAGAAAAUAACACCAAAACUGCCAACCUUUUUGUGGUAAAGGAUUUUCGGAAGAAGCUUCCCCGCUAAGGGUGGAGUGGGUGAGGUGCGUUCAAUUAAAUAUGUUCCAAAGUGCCAUGUAAUUAGAAACCGCUUACCAUUGAGCAUCCGGCAGGUAAUUGUAAUAGUUUCCUACGCGUACUAACAGAAAUAUCCCCGACUUAGUGGGUUUGUGUCCUUUCAAUUAUCGUAACGAUGCGUAACGAAGAGAAAAACAAAAUGGUCAAUCCCAAUCUUUCUGAGCUUGCAGAAGGAUCGCAAACUGAACUCUCCUCCUACCGUUCGAUUAGUUUGUUUUAAUUUUAAUCGCGCAAUUAAUGUAACAUAACAGAAACGAUAAUGAAAGAUGGAAUAAACGUUUUACCAAUAGAA